AUGGAUCCCGUUGCUCUUGAAUCGUCCAACACCCUGGCCAAGAAUGGUCAUACCGCUGGUAACAUCCCCAAUGAUGGAACUGGCGUGGUUGCCCUCGAUCCCUAUCUUGAGCCAUUCAAGCCUGCGUUGAAGAGACGCUUUGACAAGGCUCAAGAAUGGAUCAAGAAGAUUGAGAAGACCGAAGGUGGUCUGGACAAGUUCAGCAAGGGCGCCGACACAUUUGGCAUCCAUCAAAAUGACGACGGCAGCAUCUACUACAAGGAAUGGGCACCCAAUGCCAAACAGGCAGCUGUCAUUGGUGAAUUCAACAACUGGGACCGCAAUGCCCAUCGCAUGACGAGGAACGACUUUGGUGUCUUUGAGAUCACCAUUCCUCCCACCUCUGACGGCAAAGCUGCCAUCCCCCACAACUCCAAGAUCAAGAUCUCUCUUGAGCUCCCAGACGGGCAGUGGAUCGACAGACUACCGGCCUGGAUCAAGUAUGUCACCCAGGAUCUCUCCGUCUCGCCCGCCUACGACGCUCGGUUCUGGAACCCCCCCGCCUCUGAGAGGUACUCUUUCAAGCACCAGAGGCCCAAGAGGCCAGAGAGCUUGAGGAUCUACGAAGCCCAUGUCGGUAUCUCGUCACCAGAGCUCAGGGUUACCACCUAUAAGGAAUUCACCAAGAACAUGCUCCCACGCAUCAAGAGCCUGGGUUACAACGCCAUCCAGCUCAUGGCCAUCAUGGAACACGCCUACUAUGCCAGCUUCGGCUACCAGGUCAACAACUUCUUCGCCGCCAGCAGCAGAUAUGGCCCGCCUGAGGACCUGAAGGAGUUGGUCGACACGGCUCACAGCCUGGGACUCGUUGUUCUUCUCGAUGUUGUUCACAGUCACGCUUCCAAGAACGUCCUGGACGGCCUGAACGAGUUUGAUGGCACAGACCACCAGUACUUCCACGCGGGUGCCAAAGGAAAGCACGAGCUCUGGGACAGCAGACUGUUCAACUAUGGCCACCAUGAGGUGCUCAGAUUCCUCUUGAGCAACUUGAGAUUCUGGAUGGACGAGUACCACUUUGAUGGAUUCCGGUUCGACGGUGUUACUAGCAUGCUUUACCUUCAUCACGGUAUUGGAACCGGCUUCUCGGGAGGUUACCACGAGUACUUUGGUGCUGAUGUCGACGAGGAGGCUGUUGUCUACCUCAUGUUGGCCAACGAACUGCUUCACGAACUCUACCCUGACGUCAUCACGGUUGCUGAGGAUGUCUCUGGCAUGCCGGCGCUUUGUCUGCCACUCUCACUGGGUGGUGUUGGCUUCGACUACAGACUUGCCAUGGCCAUUCCCGACAUGUGGAUCAAGAUCCUCAAGGAGAAGAAGGAUGAGGAGUGGGACAUUGGCAACAUUACCUUCACCCUCACCAACCGCCGCCACGGCGAAAAGACGAUCGCCUAUGCCGAGAGUCACGAUCAAGCUCUUGUCGGUGACAAGUCUCUCAUGAUGCAUCUGUGCGACGCUGAGCUCUACACCCAUAUGUCUACGCUCACCCCAUUGACCCCGGUUAUUGACCGCGGUAUGGCCUUGCACAAGAUGAUCCGUCUGUUGACCCAUGCUCUCGGAGGCGAGGGCUACCUCAACUUUGAGGGCAACGAGUUUGGUCACCCCGAGUGGUUGGACUUCCCCCGCGAGGGCAAUCAGAACUCUUUCUGGUAUGCUCGCCGCCAGCUGAACCUGACCGAGGACCGCCUCCUUCGGUAUCAGUUCCUCAACAACUUUGACCGCUCCAUGAACUUGUGCGAGAACAAGUAUGGCUGGCUGCAUGCUCCCCAGGCGUACAUCUCGCUCAAGCACGAGGGUGACAAGGUCAUCAUCUUUGAGCGGGCUGGCGUGGUGUUUGCUUUCAACUUCCACCCAACACAGAGCUUUGAGAACUACCGCAUCGGUGUCGAUGUCGCAGGCACAUAUAGGGUUGUGCUCGACUCUGACACCAAGGAGCACGGCGGCUUUAGCAGAGUCGACUCGAACACACGGUUCUUCACCGAGCCUCUGGAGUGGAACCACCGGAGGAACUGCACUCAUAUCUACCUCCCUUGCAGGACUGCUCUGGUCUUUGCUUUGGAGUCGACCACCACUCCCAACGGUCACUGA